AUGAAUUUAAGCGACUAUUUUGUGGACAAUGAGGACGACAUUGUCAUCAGUGGAAUAUCGGGACGCUUUCCAGAGUCGGACACAAUCGACGAAUUGAGAGACAAUUUGUUUGCCAACAAAGAUCUCGUCACUGAAGACGAGCGGCGAUGGCCGCGGGGUUUGUAUGGAUUGCCGACGCGGAGCGGAAAAUUAAAAUCGUUGGACAAAUUUGACGCCCAGUUCUUUGGCUUAAGUGGUAAACAGGCCGACCAUAUGGACCCGCAGGGAAGGCUGUUAUUGGAGGUCACACACGAGGCUAUUGUGGACUCAGGCUACAAUCCGGGAGCACUUCGAGGCACAAACACCGGAGUAUUUAUCGGCGCCUCCCUCGCAGAGACCGGUGAGAGUCUGACGAGUGAUCCGACAAAGAUUUCUGGUCAGGACUUCAUAGGAACCAAACGCCAUAUGCUGUCCAAUCGGGUGUCCUAUACCUUUGACCUGAGGGGACCCUCUGUGUCUGUGGACAGCUCCUGUAGCUCAUCGCUAGUGGCCCUGCAGUUGGCCUACUCUGGAAUGCGGGCCAAUGAGUUUGAAAUGGCGAUUGUGGAGGGACCCUCUGUGUCUGUGGACAGCUCCUGUAGCUCAUCGCUAGUGGCCCUGCAGUUGGCCUACUCUGGAAUGCGGGCCAAUGAGUUUGAAAUGGCGAUUGUGGGCGGAGUGAGCAUUAAUCUGAACCCAACUUCGGCUCUAGAGCUACAGAAACUGAAUUUGUUGUCCUCUGACGGCAAGUGUAAGUUUCUGGACGUCACGGCCGACGGAUUCGUUCGCUCGGAGACCGUCUCUGCAGUCGUUCUACAAAAGAGACGAUUCGCUCGUCGAGUGUACGCCACUGUCAUUCACGCGAAGACCAACUCUGACGGCCAUAAAGAGCAGGAAAUCACUCAGCCGUCCACUCGGUCGCAGAUAGAGUUGAUGGAAACUGCGCUCACAGAGUCUUCAGUAAACCCGGAAUGGGUCCGGUAUGUGGAGGCCAACGGGAACGGUAUUCCAGUGGCGGACGAAAGCGAAACGAAUGCCAUUUAUAAAGUAUACGGAAAGAAACGAACGGAUCCACUGUUGUUGGGAAGCGUUAAAUCCAAUUUGGGUGACAGUGAGGCCGCGUCGGGACUGUGCUCUUUAGCCAAAGUUGUAAUAACUUUCGAAAGCCGAAAACUUCCGGCCAGUCUUCAUCUGCAGCGCCCAAAUCCCAACAUUAAAUCACUUGUAGAUGGAUCUAUACAUCCGGUCACAGAAAACAUGGUCUUCGAGGACAGUGUGGUUGCCGUCAACUCGUUUGGUUUUGGCGGCACUAAUGUUCAGGUUUUACUGCGACCGAACCACAAAUCGACUGCAAAUGCUGUUCACGUAUACGGCGGACAGCAAUACAACUUUGAAAUGCCACGACUUGUUUUGGUUAACGGAAGGACUCGAGAGAGCGUUGACUUUGUUUUGAAUUUCAUUCGCGACCACAAAGACAGGGUUUCCGACGACUUUCUCACGCUUCUCAAUGACGUCACCGCUGGUCACGACGACUUGACUCGAGAGAGCGUUGACUUUGUUUUGAAUUUCAUUCGCGACCACAAAGACAGGGUUUCCGACGACUUUCUCACGCUUCUCAAUGACGUCACCGCUGGUCACGAGUCCAAUGCCAGCGGUUUCAAAGGCUAUGCCAUCCGCGAUGUGUCCAUCAAUGGCUUCGUGGAAAAGGAGAGAAAUGUCACGAAAUCAGACGUUCGGCGUCCACUUUGGUUCAUAUUAUCGGGAAUGGGAACUCAAUGGACAGGAAUGGCCAAAGGAUUGAUGGGAAUUGAGAUCUUCAACCGAUCCGUUCGGAACUCGGCUGAGAUUCUGAAGCCCUUUGACAUCGAUCUCUUGCAACUAAUCCUCAGCGACAGUGACGAGUCUUUAAUGUCACUUCUGGGGUCGUCUUUGGGCACAGCGGCCGUCCAAAUAGCACUGAUAGACAUUCUGAGAGCACUGGACCUGAAAGCCGACGGAUUCAUAGGAAACUCUUUGGGAGAACUAUUAUGCGGUUAUAUUGACGAAGCGCUGGACGUCCGGGAAGUGUUGUUAUUCACGUACUGGAGGGCCAAAUGCAUAGAACAGGCAAAACUGCCCCGGGGUCUGAUGGCUGCCGUCGGGUUGUCCUGGGAUGAGGCCACUCGCAGAUGUCCAGCGGGUGUAGUGCCCGCCUGUCAUAACGCUCCCGAUUCGGUGACCAUUUCAGGUGUAUAUGAAGUUGUGGACAGUUUUCUGUCGGAACUAAAGAAAGAGAAUGUGAUGACAAAGAGGGUGAACAGCAAUGACAUCGCUCUCCACAGCUCGCAAAUGAAGACAAUAGCACCGGAUUUGCUGAAGAAGUUAAAGUCUGUGAGCACUUCUCGGCGUCAAAGAAGUCAUAAAUGGAUUAGUACUUCAGUGCCGGCCAGCAAUUGGUCGACACCCGAGAGUCAGUACUCAAGCGCCGAGUAUUACGUCAAUAACCUGACGGCUCCGGUGCUGUUGCAGGAGGCGCUCCAAUAUAUUCCCAGCAAUGCUGUUGUAGUCGAAGUGUCUCCGCAUUCACUGCUGAAGAAUGUGGUCAAACACAGUGUGAGCGCCGGUAGUUAUGUCGGUCUUAUGAAACGCAAGAGCGCCGACAGUUUACACCAUUUACUCACCUCUUUGGGCCAACUCUUCACUUUAGGUCAAAACCCCAGAAUCGAGAACUUGUAUCCAAAGAUCUCUUAUCCUGUCAAAAGAGGGACACAAUCGGUAGGCGCUCUCGUGCGCUGGGAUCACAGCGACAGCCAUUUGGUUCCAUUAUAUCCCAAGUAUUUUAAUCACAAAUUGCAGUCAAAUAUCACAAUCGAUAUUGACUUCAAAGAAGACAAAAACCACUUUUAUUUAGAUCACAGUAUCGACGAACGAAUCCUUUUUCCGGCCGCUGGCUAUCUAUGGCUUGUUUGGGAAGAGUUUGCCAAACAGUGUGGUUCCACAAGAGAUCAAUUGCCGGUGAUCUUUGAAAAUGUCGACUUCAAGAGAGCGACGAUUGUGGGAAAGAGCGCACAUUUGCUCUUUAAACUGGAUUUGUCUCAAAUGAACGGAGAGUUUAGUAUUGAAGAGAGCCAUGAGUUGAUAGUUUCCGGUCGUAUUCGAGUGCCAAAAGUCUCCGAAAAGUUCCUUCCGUUGCGACAGAAAGUGAUUAACAUUCAGAAAGAGUCAGAAUUUAAAUACAAUUUGAGCGCAGACUUCAUACGCAAAGAGUUGCUUAUUCGGGGCUAUAAUUACGGCCAUCGCUUCCGGUCUAUUGUGGCCGCAGAUAUGGAUAAUUGUGUGGCAAAAGUGCGCUCAGAAGGCAAUUGGAUUGAAUUUACGGAAGCAAUGCUUCAGUUUUUGGUUCUUUUAGAACCCACAAGAGAUCUCCUUUUAGUCACAAGCAUUGAAUCAAUUCAUUGCGAUCCCAGACUUUUUGGCCAAAACGCUGCUUCUGGAGAUCACAAACAAAUUGUGGCCAAUUCUAUGGGUAAUUACUGUUUGGCCGAAGGGCUAGAGAUAUACGGGUUGGGAGUGAGUCGAGUGUCGCGUCGACAACAUGAAGAAGAACUGUUGGUCGAGAAGUACGUUUGGAUCCCAUAUAUGGAUGGAAAUGGAUUGCAGAAAGAGAUGCGAGAAUUGAGUGAAUGUUAUGUCGAGGUUUUAGUGGCUUUGGCGCGGAAUAAACCCAAAAAACAAAGCAACCAUCGCUUGAAUGAAUUGAUGAAAAGAAAUGGAAUCAAAGCCGAGAAACUGGUUCUCAAAGACAUUAUCGAGAGUUUGAAUAUAAACACCAUUAAAGAGCCGCCAAACAAACAGUUGAUUACAGCUGACGGCCGCAAGCCGUGGACAGACCUUUUGAAUAACUUGUAUUUGGAGGAAAGUCUUCUCAGACCAGCCAUUGAUAUAAUACUCGAGAAUUACAAGCAAUCGUCCGAAGAGUUUAAUGUUCUGGAAAUCAACUUAAAUCAAGAGAUUUGUUAUGAAUAUGUAGUAAAAUAUCUGAAGAAUUCGUUUUAUGAUUUAAGGCUCAAGUAUUCCGUAUACAAUCCGUUGGGAGUUAAUCAGGAUUCAGGUGAGAGAAUUAGGAAACAGGAAAUUAGAGUUACUAAUCAAGAAAAUAAUGGAUUUGAAAAAGUUGAUAUAAACCUGACAAUGGCCACAAAAAUAGCGAAUACCAAUCCUUUAAAUUUGGUGAUAAUCAGAGACCAAUACCCGACACCAAAAAGUGACAAAAAUGUCGGCAUUGAUUGGGAAGACGUGUUUCGCUAUAUUAACACAAAUCUAAAGAUUAAUGGAUUUGUUGUAAUCCUUAAGCGAAUGGAAUAUACAAAUAUUGAGAAAAAUUUGUUCACGCGUUUCAAAUUUAGUGAUACUAUUGUCGGCACAAACCAAUUGAUAGAAAGCGCACAAAAGUUUAGUAAUCUUUUGCUGGUCAGCAAUAGAGGAGACACUGAAGGUCUGCGCACUUCGGCUGUGCUUUUGUUCCGCAAAAUAGACGCCAUCAGAAAUCCCGGGACCAGCGAUGCUAUCAUUCGAGUCACUCAUCAAGACUUGAGUCCAUGGUUUGAACCGCUGAAGAACGAAAUGAAGGUCGAGUCCGACCGCAAUCCCGAGCGUCUCAUUUGGUUGAUCUCAGACUCUGGCGAUGGGAGCGACACCAGUAGCGGAAUCGUAGGUUUUGUGAAUUGUCUGCGCAGAGAACCGGGCGGUCAUCGGGUGCGCUGUAUAUCAGCUCUUGAGUUGGAAGAUCUUCGGUCUGCGUCCGCCGUCACUGUUAAGGAACUGAUUGAUAGCUCCAUAUUUGACAACAAUCUUGUGAUGAAUAUCUAUAAGAACAACGAAUUGGGUUCUUAUCGAUACCUGAGUCUCAAUAUGGAUCACCUGACGAAGAGCGGAUGCAAUCAUGCAAUGGUCAUCAGGUCCAACAAUACCUCAAAUGUCCAGUGGUUUGAAUCUAAACACAACUUAUGGACCGAAAGUCAGUUGAAUAGUGAACACAAUUCAUUGAUUACUGUGUAUUACGCGGGACUCAACGCAUCGGAAAAACGGUUCAAAAGCGACAAAAGUAUUGUAAAGAGCGCUCGAAAUACGGGGCUGUGCUCUGAGUUCAGUGGCGUUGAUGUUCAGUCCGGGAGUCGAGUCCUCGGCAUUAAACCAAACGCGUGUUUGGCCACAACUCUGGCGUUUAACAAUAAGAAUGAUUACAUCCAGGUGCCCGACAAGUGGACAAUGGCAGAGGCGUGUACUGUUCCCAUGGCUUACGGCACAGUUUACUGGGCACUGGUAGUCAGAGCGCAACUCCAGUCCCUACAGACUGUUUUAGUACAUUCGGCCGAUGGCUAUAUGGGUCGGGCGGCCAUUGCUGUCUGCCUGAGCCGUCACAGCGAAGUUUACGUCACUGUUGGAACUGUCGAUGAAAAGAAGGAACUGAUGGUUGAGUUUCCAGACUUGGAUGACACGCAUGUCAUCAACACAUCAGUUGAUUGUUUCAAACAAAUUGUCAUUGAAAAUACCGGCGCCAAAGGAGUGGACAUUGUAUUCAAUUACACCAAUGAAUAUAAAUUGGAAACGAGUCUGUCUUGCAUCAGAUCCAAUGGACGUUACAUUGAGAUCACAUCCAAUGACACGUCUAUUGCCAAAGGUCUAUUUAUUGAACAAAAUAUAACAAUCGAUAAAAUCAAUUUGGAGGACAUAUUCACCGAAAGUACCGACGAUUCAGUGAACACUUCAGUUAAAUAUCAAGUGCUGAGUCUUCUUGAAGAGGGAAUCAGUGAUAAUGUCGUCAAACCGUUUAAAACAAGCAAAGUAUUCAAUGUAGAGAAGGCAAAUGAAGCGCUUGAAUAUCUCUUAAAAAGUGGACACAAACGCAAAGUCCUCGUUAGAGUCCGUCAAGAAAUUGUCGCUGAUUUAGAUCCAGAAGAUGUGGAUGGUCUCAAUGCAAAGAUUGAAGCCAUUCACAGGACACAGUUUUCAAGUGACUUGUCUUUCAUAAUAACCGGAGGACUGAACGACUUUGGACUCGAAUUGUCGCAGUGGUUGGUGUGGAGGGGCGCUCGACAUCUGGUAUUGACGAGUGGGUCAGACGUUAAGAACGAAUUUCAGGAAUUGAUUGUCAAACGACUGACCAGUUUGGGUGCAAAUGUGUUGAUCUCAAGAGUGGACACAAGCAAUGAGGAAGAGUUGGAGGCCAUGAUUAAAGAGGCGGCAAAUAUGGGCUCCGUUUGCGGUAUAUUCUCAGUGGCAAUGGUUUUGAGCGACAGUUUGUUUGAAGACCAAACCCAAGAGUCGAUGACCGAAGUGUUGACACCCAAAGUGCAAACCAUCAGUCAUUUGGAUGUAUUGUCGCGUGUUUUAUGUCCAGAAUUGCAAUAUUUUGUGGCCAUUUCGUCAGUUAGCUCCGGGAGGGGAACUGCCGGUCAAAGUAAUUACGGUUACGCCAACUCUUAUGUGGAGCGCGUAUGCGAACAGAGACACAGUGACGGUCUCCCGGGGCUCGCUAUCCAAUGGAGACCGAUAUAUGAAGUGAGGGUUAUGGACGAUAGGUAUUUGACGGGAGACAACCCACAAGUAAUCGGUGGUACUGUUCCUCAGAGCAUACACUCAUGUUUGGCACUUCUGAACCAUUUGAUGCGUUCAUCUGAAAGUGUGGUCAGUAGUGUAUUGAGAAGCGAGACUCAAAGCAACCAAAAGUCCACUAUUAAUGGUCUGAUUGCCAGCAUUUUGGGGAUAAGAGAUAUGUCAAAGAUUACGAAUAAAUCAAAACUGUCUGAACUGGGAAUGGAUUCUCUGAUGGCUGUAGAGAUCAAACAAUCACUGGAACAGGAGUUUCGGUUGAGUCUAACUCUACAACAAUUAUCUGAUAUAACUUUU